UGCUCUAGUCUAAGAGAUGCAAAGACAACAUGUUAGCUUAAAGAUGCAUGCACUUUUAAUUAGGUAAUGUUCUUGUCAUCCACCCCUGGUUGAUGCAGUGGCCCUGGACAGAUGGUAAGUUAUCUAUGUUUGUAACGCAUGGUUUCAGUGAUAGACCAGCCAAAGUUAAUUGGAAUGUCAUUAAAGUUUGAGUUAAUGGGGGUUGGGCUGGGGAGCUAGUUUGAGUGCUCUAGUCCUGCUGUUGGAUUUGUGUGUUCAAUUAAUAAUAAUGGAUGUUUGGAUGAAGCAAUAAGGGUGGGGCUCCACCUGCUGCCACCUGUUAAUACUCUAUAUAAGCAUCAGUCAUCCUUAUGGCAAAGCAGAAGCACUACUAUCUGGAUCUACUUCACUAAACGGACAACAAGAGGAACACUGCAUCUGAGGAAAUUAUCCACCUCAGAGGCUCCGUUUACAAGACCACCGCUGGCCUUUCAGGACCUUUGGCCCAGGAGUCAUGAAGCCCCGCAGCCCGAGCUGUGCAGAUUCAGGGUCGGAGUCGGACUCCAGAGACCCAGAGAAGUUUGAGAGUGCCAUGCGGCGGAGGAUGGCAGCCAACGCUCGAGAGAGGAAGAGGAUGCAGGGCCUGAACACCGCAUUCGACCGCCUCCGCAAAGUGGUUCCUCAGUGGGGUCAGGACAAGAAACUCUCCAAAUAUGAGACUCUGCAGAUGGCCCUGAGCUACAUUAUGGCCCUCAACCGAAUCCUGACUGAUGCUAGCAGACAGGCAGCUCCUCAGAAAGACUGGCUGAAUCUACAGUUUGACGACCUACAGCCAGAGACCUAUUCUUGCUUUAUGUGCUAUAACUCCCCUGUGGAAAAUGACUGUAUGCACUCCUCCUUCUCCUAUCACUACGAAAGCCUCUAAGCUCUCACUGACUGAUAAGCAAUGGUGCGUUCACUUGUAUCUUUCUUAACAUAGAUACAGCAGUCAGUAAAUGUGUUUGUAUUACUGUGUAAUAUUUGAUGUUUUUGGUUGUGGAAAUCAAAUGAUUAGCUUUAUUAGAGUCCGACUCGUUCUAGGAGUAGCGUUGCUUUAAUUAUUGCAAAAAAUGACAUGUUUUCUGUGCAAUUGUAGAAAAUAUUUCACCAGACGUUUCAUCACAUUUGUAAAUUCAGCUUUAAGUCACAUGUUUGAAUUUUGUUAUUGCUUUGUAUCAAAUCUGUGUGUAUAGUGUGUUCAAUCAAAGCUGCAAAAGCAUUCAAAAAAUACACUGAUCUUAUUUUGACA